AUGGAUACAUUCACUGGGAAAUGUCAAUUUAUUGUCACCAAAAUUACCACUGCUGAGAAACUUUUAGAAGCAUGGUGUAAAGAAAAGAAAACACCAAAAGUAGACCCAUUAAAGUAUUUAUUGGAAGCUAUUCUUGCAUGUGGUCCAGAAAUUGCUUAUUCUAGUAUUAGGAAAAUUGAACCGGUUCUAAAUCAAUACAUCGAAUAUGUACUGUUGGAUUCAAAGAAGGUUUUGAGUAGCACAACAAAAACUAGAAGUGUUUCUUUGUUUUCCAAAAGAAAAGAAAGCCACAGCAGUAGUGAUACAAUUGGUAAAGUUAAUGAAGUCCAGAUUAGUUUUCUCACAAAAACAGCAAUUAUUAAAGCAUUCAUGUGCAUGUUGAGAUGUCAAUAUGGAGAUGCCGUGAAACAAUUUAGUACACUAUUAAAUAAUGUUAAAGAAGAAGAAACUUAUUCGCAAUUGAAUUUACUAAAAUUUUACUGUCAAGCCAAUGAAUCUAAUUUGACCAAGAAAAAUUUGGAACUUAUUCUUUUGAAUUUGCAAAAAUCAGAAUAUGGUGGAUCUUUAAGACAGCAAAUUUUGGCAACCGUUCAUGAAAAACUAUAUCGAAUGACAUCUAAAUCCAACGCCAAUUCAAAGUCAAAAUCUAAUAAAUUCAAUUCGCUAUUCAAGGGGAGCUCUACAAUGAAAUCACACUUGAAAUCAGCAAUUGAAUGUUAUAUUAGUGGUAUUAUGAGUUCUUCAGAUGAUGAUUUAUUUAUUCCACAAUUGUAUGAUAAGAUUUUAUCUAUCUUAAUUCACAACAAUACUGAUAUUAGAGUAAUCACAUUUUUUUACCAAUUACGAUACUAUUUCACCCUCAAAGCUGACUAUACUUAUCUUCAUAUUCCUGGUUUGCUUGAUGAUUUUGUUCCUGAUAAUACUGAAAACAACCAUCGACUUCUUCAUGAUAUUCACCAAAUUAUUGAACAUAAAGAUGUAUCAAAUAGUUGCAAAAAAGUAGAUAUUGAAACCGUUGAAGAAAUUGGAUUUGUUAAGUUCUGGGUUGAAGAGUAUCAGAAGCAAAAGGAACUUUCACAACCACUAAUAAUAUUUCAUUCUUACUUGUUUGCUUAA